AUGGAGAAGAUCCCCCAGCAGCGCCCAUCCAGAAUGCCAGACAACACUGCCCUGAAGCAGCAGGAGUUGCCCGCCCACCGGCUACACUUCUCAGCCAGGACGGUCCUUUCGAUAUUUUUUGCCACAGGAGUAUUCUGCUUUGGCAUGGGCAUCAUCCUCAUAGUGUCUGCAAAGAGUGCCCAGGAAAUAGAGAUUAAUUACACAAAAAUAUGUGCAGAUUGUGCAAAAAUGCGGGAAAAUGCCUUUAAUUUUGACAAAGAAUGCACCUGUUCUAUUCCCUUUCGCCUUAUCAAGAAUAUGAAGGGUGAUGUUUAUAUGUAUUACAAAUUGUACGGCUUCUAUCAGAACCUGUAUCGAUAUGUUCACUCCAGAAGUAAUAUCCAAAUGGUGGGCAAAAAUGUGAAAGCUGUUCAGGACUGUGGUCCAUUCAAAAUGACCCACAACAUGACCCCCAUCGUUCCUUGCGGUGCUAUUGCCAACAGCAUAUUCAAUGACACCAUAAUUCUUUCAUACAGCCCUAGUUCGCCAAUACACAUCCAAGUCCCACUGCUAAAGAGCGGACUUACGUGGUGGACAGAUAAGUAUGUCAAAUUUCAGAAUCCGGUCUCCACUAAUCUUGCUAAUUACUUUAAAGGAACUGCAAAGCCUCCAAAUUGGCCUAAGCCUAUCUAUGAGUUGGAUGAACAGGACUGGGGAAACAACGGCUUCCUCAAUGAUGAUUUCAUUGUGUGGAUGCGGACAGCUGCCUUUCCCACUUUCAAAAAGCUGUACCGUCGACUCAAUCGAACCCAGCAGUUCACAGAAGGCUUGCCUGCUGGUAAUUACAGUUUCAACAUAACCUAUAACUUCCCAGUAACCAGGUUCAAAGGAGAAAAAUCAGUUGUUCUUUGUACCCUGACGUGGAAUGGAGGGAGUAGCCUUUUCUUGGGUCUUGCCUACACAGUGACAGGAGCUGUGACAUGGUUGGCCACCUUUGCCAUGAUGGCAAUUCACUUCGGGCUGGAAAGAAAGAAAAUGUCCAUCUUAUAUAAUUCCAAUGAAGAAAAGCAGGAAAGAGAAAUGGCCGGUAAAGUAACAGGCAAAGGUCUCUCAGAAGGCAUGAUGUGA